CGAGUUUUUGCAACGUGUUUAUGUUGCAAAAAUUUAACACUGCAGACAUUUUGAUUGUUUACAUUUGAUAAUUUUAAAGAAAUCUCGUAAUUAACUUAAAAGUUUACAAUAUCUUAAAAUGCCCUUGUAUGAAACGGUAAUGCAAGAGAAACCUCCAGUUGUUCUGGACAUUGGAACUGCAUACACUAAGCUUGGCUUUGCAGCAGAGGCAUAUCCACGCAAAAUUAUACCAUCUGAAGUCAUUCUGUCUGUGAAUGGUAAAACAAAGAACAUCUUUGAUUAUGGAGAUAAUCUUGAAUUUUACGAUCAGAUAAUUGAAUUUUUCCAAACAAUAUUUUUUAAAUAUCUACUUGUGAGUCCUAAAGAAAGAAAAAUAGUUAUAGUAGAAAAUGUUUUUGGCCAAAUAAUAGUUCGUGAAACUUUGGCAAAAGCAUUAUUUCGCCACUUUGAAGUUUCUUCUGUUCUGUAUGUGCCUUCACAUAUGAUUGCACUCUCGACAUUGGCGAUUCCUCAUGGUGUGGUCAUAGAUAUGGGUUAUAGUGAGACUACCGUAAUGCCUGUUUAUAGUGGUGUUCAAAUAAUGCAAGCAUUUCAAGACCAAAAAUUCGGUGGACGCGUUUUACACGAGGAAAUUAAGCGCCAGUUACUUCUAGAGGGAGUAAAGGAGGAAUAUCUUACAGAAUCAGUAUUAGAGGAUAUAAAAGUUCGUGCUUGUUUUGUAACGAAACUGCAGAGAGCUCAGGACUAUCUAAACAAUAAACCUCCUCAAGUUCCACCAGGCGUAGACUAUCCAAUAGCUGAUAAUGAAAUCAUUACCAUACCAGGCAAAGUGCGUGAAACAGCAUUUGAAAUACUAUUUGAAGAAAAUAAUGAUCGUGAUACUUUGCCACAUUUAAUAAUAAAAUCUAUUCUUCGGUGUCCUCUAGAUGUUCGCCGCGCUUUAACUGAGAACAUCUUUGUUGUUGGUGGCAGUUCCAUAAUAAUGGGUUUAUUGCCAAGACUUAAGGAAGAGCUACAACAUUUAGUGGCAAACGAUAAGGAAUAUAAGGAAAAACUACACGGUGACAUAACAUUUAAGUUUCAUAAAACUAUCGGUCGUCCCAAUAUAGUCAACUGGCUGGGUGGUUCUUUGUGUGGUGGUACUGAUUUAGUUAAUACUCGUUCUCUAACCAAAGAGGCGUAUAUAAGACUGGAUCGUGUACCCGAUUGGAGCUGUUUGGAUGAUAACCGCAUGGCGGGAUAAUCAUUUUAAUUGUAUAUUUACUUUUAUUGAGAACAAAAAGUAAUUAUAGAUAAUAAUAAAUUAAUCUUUAUAACCUA